AUGGAUCAAGUCAUGUUGGAUGUCAAUGGCUCUCAUCGGAAGCGGCAGCCAUUGAUGGAUGCAUCUAGCCGCGUGAAUCACUCGAGAUCGCCGAACGCUGAGACGCCUCGUCUGAUAAUUGAAGAGUCUGAGAUGAAGACACCCGAUCGGAUGUCUUUGUUGAUGACUCCCACUCCACGAAGGAAUAAAGAGAAUGACAGACUCUCCGUGGCUACUGAUAUGCAACCCGAUUCAGCUCGCAACUCGAUCAUGUCGGCGGCUUCCAUCCUAUCACACAAAGGAAAGAGAAAGACACACGUGGGGCCAUGGCAAUUAGGACGAACGCUCGGAAAGGGAGCCACUGGACGAGUUAGACUGGCCAAGCAUGCUGUGACAGGUAACACUGCGGCUAUCAAGAUCGUCUCUAAGAAGUCGGCUGCCAUGGUUCAGAGUGAGAGUAUUGCAGCAAUGGACCGCAAUGUGGGAAACUUUUCUGCCAACACAACGACCAGACAAAUGCCAUGUGGCAUCGAGCGUGAGGUAGUCAUCAUGAAGUUGAUUGAACAUCCAAAUGUGAUCAGUCUCUAUGAUGUGUGGGAAAACCGCGGAGAAUUAUAUCUCGUCCUUGAAUACGUGGAGGGAGGAGAGUUGUUCGAUUAUGUCUCCAAACGCGGAGCCUUGCCAGAAGAAGAGGCAGUGCGUCUGUUCCGCCAAAUUAUUGCAGCUCUUGGAUAUUGCCAUCGUUUCAAUAUCUGCCACCGUGAUCUGAAGCCAGAGAACAUUCUGCUCGACUCGAACCACAACAUCAAGCUUGCUGAUUUUGGUAUGGCUGCGCUUCAACCGGCAGGUCAUUGGCUGAAUACAUCCUGCGGCAGUCCGCACUAUGCUGCGCCGGAGAUCAUUUACGGCCGGAAGUAUCGUGGUGAUAGAGCGGAUAUGUGGAGUUGUGGUAUCAUUUUGUAUGCCUUGCUGACCGGAUAUUUACCAUUUGAUGGAGGAGAUCUUGGAAAGACCCUGCGACUCGUGAAGAAGGGUGAUUACAUGAUUCCCCAGGAGCUUAGUGCCGAGUCCGCCGAUCUUAUUCAACGGAUCCUACAGAAGAGGCCAGAAGACCGCAUCUCGAUGAAAAAUAUUUGGUUGCAUCCGCUGUUCACCAAAUACGAGAAGCUUCAUAAUGCGAUGAUUGACCACUAUGUUGGUCCCCCACCUGCCUUAUCCGUGAAUGACUGCGGGCCGUCUUUGUCAUGUCAACAGGAUAUCGAUCCUGAUAUUUUGCGCAAUCUUCAAACUUUGUGGCAUGAUGUUAAGCCGAACGAACUGAUUCAACGACUGUUAUGCAUUGAACCCACCCACGAGAGGAUGUUCUACAAUGCUUUGGCAAGGUUCCGAGAUGAGCAGCUGGAGAACUAUCAAGGACAGCCUUUGGAAUACUCUGCCAGUGACUAUCAUCAUAUCUCGCGCCCAGGAGGCAGAGUUAGACGAGGCCGCAGCCAAACAGGACAAGGCAACUCCAAGCGCCGUGCGCAGUACCCAUCCGUGAAAGAAUUCCCCCGUCGUCUCAGCUCUUUCAAGGAACCAAUGUCCUCUGGAACUGUCGAAAGCUACGAUCCAUACAGAUCACCGAAAAAUGGCACCACAGUCACGGAAGCGGAGUAUGCUCAGAUCACUAUUCACAGGGAACCCCCAGAGAACUCGGUCGACGUACUAUCUUCACCAAAGGUGGAACCCCCACCUUCAAUCGCAGAGGAAGAAGAGCCAGAAGACGUGAACGAAGACGAGGGCUCACCGUUUACCAUACUUCAGAAACGGAAGCACAAGCCCAGCUCUAUGAAGUCCUUCCACUCUUCCAAGAUUCCGCAUUCAAGUUCCCGUGCUCCGGGAUUGUCUACACAUUCCACGAGCUACCGUCGCAAUGUUUCGUUCCACCAUGUCCGCAACCGCUCUCAUGGCUCUACUACUGCUAAGCCCAAAAGGAGAAAGACUGCUGCACCGACGCAACAAGGACCCACGCAGCAGGCUGAGAUCAGACGAUCACCCAGCACCUGCAGCUUGCAACUUCUUGCCAAUACUAUCAACAUUCCAGACAUUCCGAGUAGUCCACCUCUGCCAGCACAGCCAACCGUUGUCCGCGCAAACGCACCCAAGGUCAAGAGCCUACGCCAUGCGCGGAAGGUUCGCGACUCAGACUACACCUGGAAAGAGGACACUCGAAAGGUCUCUCAUGAACUGAGCCAGAUCUGCGAGGAGGCAUUCAACGGUAGCUCAGUCUCAACUAUCCGGACUGCGAGCGCUGGUUCUGGAUAUGAAACCCCAGGAACGCCAGUCUCGAUGCCCAGCCCCGAGCAGCUUCAACCUGCUACACACCUCCCUGUAUCCAAAACCACAACGGAGUCACCCCGAUCUUACAAUAUCACGCACCUCACCGAAACACGACGAAAGCUUGCUGAGCAUAGUCGGGGCAGAAAAGAUAACAUUCCUCGCUACCUCUCUGGUGUCAUCAAUCAUCUAGAUCGGUUGAUCGAAGAGGACAAAACUGUCAAUGGGCCAAGGUUGGAUUCAAAUAUGGCAACUUAUCAAGAUCCCUUUGUCACCUCCCCAGCUGAGGGCUUGCUGCCUGUUAUAAAUGAAGAAUUUGCUAGCCCUGCACACUCGCCGAGUGAAACUAGCAUCCCUCAGCCACAGCCGCGAGCCUCUCUCGCUGUAUCUCAAGGCGCCGAUCCAAGAGUCACGAUCCGCAUGGUUCCUCACAGUUCGUUCCGCUCUAUGGAGGAAGUGAAGCCUCUCACUAUUCGAAAGAAGCACUAUGGCAAGUCUGAACCCUCGGGUAGUGAUUUUACCACCAGUGAUAGCGUGGCUACUGAUCGAAGCUUUUCUACUGGGUCGCGACAGGCUCCUCCUGGUGGCCUGGCACCGAUCGCCGAAGUUCCCUUGUCUCCUAAGAAGUACUCCAGUGUGGGUUCACAGGGUAAGAAGUGGUCUUGGUUCAAGCAUCGCUCUUCUGGAUCAGACACAUCCCCUGCUCUCCCUCCCAAGGAUCCCCACCCUAUCAUUCCUAGUGGAGGCACGAUAGUCCACAAGCCCAUCACUCUGGAAGCACCUCCGCCCCCUCCUGCGUUGACUACAGAGCGCGUACCGGUUCGGAAGACAUCUAUGGAUCGGUUCGGUGGUGCAUUCUUCAAGAAACUUAUGACCAAGAAGUCCAACAAGCGCGAGCAGGAGCAUGUUGAUGAACAAGAAAAUGAGUUGCAGACCACACCAACAAUGGAGAAUCGCAACUCAAUCAUGUGCACGGGAAUUGCAGACACCGAUAGCUCCUGCGAAGGUGAUGACCCUCGCAUCCAAUUCCGCAACAAGCGUCGCUCCUUGGCCAACCAAAACUGGUUUGCUCGCGUUUUCCAAAUCAGGCCCGCUACCCAAGUCAUCGCCUUGAAUACCUCUAAAGCCAAGGGGCGCAAGGAGCUCUACAAGCUCCUUCGUGAGUGGCGUGACUUUGGCAUGGAGGACGUGUACCUCGACAAAACCAACAGCAUCGUUCAUGGUCGCGUCUGCGAAGCAAAUUUCCUUCAUCUCCGAGAAGUUGAGUUCACUGCUGAGUUCUACACUGUUCUCGAGCAUGGUCGCCAAGCAAACCUCAGCUUGGUUCGCUUCAAGCAAGAGCGCGGUGCAGCGUCGUCCUUCAACAAGGUCGUUGAAACUGUACACAGCACCCUCAAGCGACGUGGUAUGGUGGUCGAGGACCCUACACGAGCCAAGAAGAUGUCAAGGGUUCUCGACUCUGUUCCCAACCACAAAUGA